GGGGGAGCCCGGAGCGGCGGCGGGCGGUGGGGCGGUAGCGGCGUGGAGGGAGCGGUGUCUCCGCUGCCGGACAGGGACGUGCUCCGGCGGCCGGGCGGAGGCGUGUUCCGCGCUCGGCGGAAACAAGACACGGGAAAGGAAGGGAGCGGCAGUGGGAACCGGCAUCGGCGGCCACCAUUAGCGGCAGCAGGGGGAGGAGGAGCAGCAGCAGCAGCAGCAGCAGCAGCACCAGCACCAGCCGCCGCCGCGGGGGUCUGCAGGCGGAGCGGAGCCCGGGUGCCGCUGGCGGCAGCGAGCGGGAGCGUGCCCGCCGCCUCGCCGCUCUUAUUCUGUGGGGGCUCGCCGCUGUCCGCCAGCCCGCCAGGGGCUUCUCCUCAGCCGGGGCGAGAUGGAGCAAUUAUCAGAUGAAGAACUUGACCAUGGUGCGGAAGAAGAUAGUGAUAAGGAAGAUCAGGAUCUGGACAAGAUGUUUGGGGCCUGGCUGGGGGAACUGGACAAACUUACACAGAGUUUGGAUACAGACAAGCCUAUGGCACCAGUGAAGAGAUCACCUCUUCAUCAGGAAACGAAUCUUGCCAACUUCUCAUAUCGCUUCUCCAUGUACAAUUUGAAUGAAGCCCUGAAUCAGGGGGAGACUGUGGAUCUAGAUGCCCUCAUGGCUGAUCUCUGUUCCAUAGAGCAGGAGCUCAGCAGCAUUGGGUCUCAUUCAGCGAACAAUGCUGCAGUGAAACGGCUUGCCACAGAAUCCAAAGCUCAGAAACCACCUGCUAGCCGACCUUCUACUAAGCACAGCAGCGUGAAAGGAUUAUCGUCCUCAUCUGGUAAGGUGACUAAACCAUCGCAUGCCAACGUAUCUUUGGAUGACAUCACUGCACAGUUAGAGAAGGCCUCUUUGAGCAUGGAUGAGGCAGCCCAACAGUCUGUUGCAGAAGACGCCAAACCAGUAGUUACUGCUCAGCACAGGAGGACAGCAUCUGCUGGCACAGUGAGUGAUGCUGAGGUGCGCUCAAUCAGUAACUCCUCCCGUUCCAGCAUAACCUCUGCAGCUUCCAGCAUGGACUCCUUGGAUAUUGAUAAGGUGACGAGACCUCAGGAACUGGACUUGACAUCACAAGGGCAGCCAGUCACUGAGCACUCCUAUUUGGACAGGGAAACCUCCCUCCUUCUGAGAAACAUUGCAGGAAAGCCUUCUCAUUUGCUGACCAAGGAGGAACAGGCUGCUAAACUCAAAGCUGAGAAGAUUAGGGUUGCAUUAGAGAAGAUUAAAGAGGCACAAGUGAAAAAGCUGGUGAUCAGAGUCCACAUGUCUGAUGACAGCUCAAAAACAAUGAUGGUGGAUGAGAGGCAGACAGUGAGACAAGUAUUAGACAAUCUGAUGGACAAAUCGCAUUGUGGUUACAGUUUAGACUGGUCAUUGGUGGAAACCAUCUCUGAAUUGCAAAUGGAAAGGAUCUUUGAAGAUCAUGAAAAUUUAGUUGAAAAUCUUCUGAACUGGACAAGAGAUAGUCAAAACAAACUAAUGUUCGUGGAACGUAUAGAGAAAUACGCACUUUUCAAGAAUCCGCAGAACUAUCUUCUGGGGAAGAAAGAAACCUCUGAGAUGGCAGACAGAAAUAAAGAGGUGCUGCUGGAGGAAUGUUUCUGUGGAAGUUCUGUAACUGUGCCAGAGAUUGAGGGAGUUUUGUGGCUGAAAGAGGAUGGUAAGAAGUCUUGGAAGAAACGUUACUUUCUUCUUCGAGCUUCUGGAAUCUACUAUGUCCCUAAAGGGAAGGCAAAGGUCUCGCGGGAUCUCGUGUGCUUUCUACAGCUAGAUCAUGUCAAUGUUUACUAUGGACAGGACUAUCGGAACAAAUACAAAGCACCCACAGACUAUUGUUUAGUGCUAAAGCAUCCUCAGAUCCAGAAGAAAUCCCAGUAUAUCAAGUAUCUUUGCUGUGAUGAUGUAAGAACUCUACACCAAUGGAUCAAUGGCAUCCGGAUCGCUAAGUACGGGAAGCAACUAUACAUGAACUACCAGGAAGCACUGAAGAGAACAGAAUCAGCAUAUGACUGGACUUCCUUGUCUAGCUCCAGUAUCAAGUCAGGCUCCAGCUCAUCUAGUUUGCCAGAAUCCCAAUCAAAUCAUUCUAAUCAGUCUGACAGUGGAGUUUCUGACACCCAGCCAGCUGGACAUGUCCGUUCCCAAAGUAUUGUCAGCUCCAUGUUUUCUGAGGCCUGGAAACGAGGCACUCAACUGGAGGAAUCCAGCAAGGCCCGAAUGGAGCCCGCAGGUCGCCCCUUCAUGUCUGUCGCACCUCCUGUGUCCCCACAGACAAAAGUGGCGACCCCCUACACAGCAUCGCAGCCGUCCCCCCCGCUGCCCCCUCCACCCCCGCCGCCCCCGCCGCCCCCGCCCCCCCCUCCGCCGCCCCCGCCCCCUCUCCCCAGCCAGGCCGCCCCGUCAGCGGGCUCACCUGCCACCAUGUUUGUCAAGUACAGCACCAUCACCAGGCUGCAGAACGCUGCCCAGCACGGGGGGCCUUUUUCCAAAGCUCCUGUGGCACAGCAGCCCCCCCCGCCCCCCCCGCCCUCGGCCAAGCCUCAGAUAAUGGUGCCCCCCAACGGGGUCAUGCCGCCUCCCCCCCCUCCACCUCCUCCUCCUACACCCGGCUCGGCCAUGGCACAACUGAAGCCGGCACCUUGCGCCCCUUCUGUGCCACAGUUCACACCGCCACCGCCGCCACCCAAAAUCCAUCAGGUUCAACCAAAUAUAAGCCAGGCCACUGCCACCUCCUCGUUGCCACCACCUCCUCCUCCUGUGCCUGCACCACCACCACCCCAGGCACCCCCAAAGCCUGUCAUGGCAGCUCUCCCCCCACAGCCUAGUGGGAAGGCAGCGUCACCAGGGGUCACACAUGUCACCCCUCCUGUGCCAGCUCCCUUGCCCCUUGCAAUAAAGAAACAACCAAGUGUCACCUCUCCCCAGGUGCCUCCACUGCCCCCAGCCCCUCCCGGCCCCACUCCCCCCCCAACGUUCCCAAAGCAGCAGAGUUUCUCUGUGAAGCCUCCUCCAUCCCCUCAGUCCCCAGUGCCGUCGGUGGUGAAACAGAUAGUUAGCCAGUUCCCACCUCCUCCCACCCCCCCUGCCACUGAGCCGCAGCCUCUGAAACCCCUUCCACUGACCGUGGCUCCACAGUCACCUCCAGCAGUGAAGGCAAAGCCCAAAUGGCAGCCUGCUUCUGCUCCCUCACCAGAUUUCCCCCCUCCUCCACCAGAGAGCAGCUUAGUGUUUCCUCCUCCACCUCCUUCCCCAGCUUCCUCUGCAGGUUCUCCCCCCCCUGACAAAUCAGGGUCUCCAGUCAAAAAGGCCAGCAAGACAUCAAGCCCUGGAGGGAAGAAACCACCUCCAACACCUCAGCGAAACUCCAGUAUCAAGUCCACCAGCUCCACUGAGUACCAUGAGUCCAAGAGACCUUCAGUGGACCGCCUUGUCAGCAAAUUUGCACACCCACCAGAGCCGUCAGGGUCUCCUUCCAAGGAGUCAUCACCUCCUGCAGCCCCUCCAAAGCCAGGAAAGCUCAACCUUUCUGGGGUGAGCCUGCCCAUUGUCCUUCCGCAAGGAGGGGUCCCGGCCAAGGCUCCUGCUCUAGGUGUGUCUGGGAAGGAACCUGUGGUCGAAUUCCCUUCACCACCAUCCGAUUCAGACUUUCCACCACCACCACCUGAAAUAGAUCUUCCUCUCCCGCCAGUUGAGAUCCCAUCCGUGUUUUCAGGCAGCACCUCCCCAAAAGUCGCUGUUGUCAAUCCCCAGCCUCAGGCAUGGUCAAAACCAUCUGUGAAAAAAGCCCCACCACCCACACGUCCCAAGCGGAAUGACAGCACUCGAUUGACGCAGGCAGAGGUCGCAGAGCCACAAGGGUCAGCUGGUCCUCAAGUGCCCACUUCACCCAAGUCCAGCCUUAGCGUUCAGCCGGGAUUCCUGGCAGACCUCAACCGGACGCUGCAGCGGAAAUCCAUCACCCGGCAUGGCUCCCUCUCCUCCGCACGGAUGUCCAGAACAGAGCCCACAACCACCAUGGAUGACAUGGCCCUGCCUCCGCCUCCACCAGAGCUGCUGGCUGACCAGCAGAAGACGAGCAGCUUCGGGGGCAGUCAUAUAUCUGGCUAUGCAACAUUACGGAGGGGGCCUCCCCCUGCCCCUCCCAAAAGGGAUCAGAACACCAAGCUGUCGCGGGACUGGUAGUCAGUCCCCUGGGGCCGCUGCUCUCCAUGACUUGUGGGCUGCUCCGUGAUCAGCCAACCUGUGGUCUUGCGCACUUGGAGAGAAUGCGGGGACACGGGUGAUAGCCCCAUCAAAAGAGGUGAUCUCAAACUGUAGCUGAGGCUAAAUGUAAAGACGUUCCCCUUUCAUGGCUAGGCCAAAAAAGCUGGGGGCUUGGGGUGUUGAUAUUUUAUUGGGAAAGGUGGGUAGAGAGGCAUUGACUUAUCCUUUCAAUUUCUUUUGCCCUUCAUAUGGAUUGGACCAAAACCCCCUUUUUCUUACUUUUUCUGCAUUUAGGGGAGGGGGGGAGAUAAAUUUUUGUAGUGUCUGUCCAUGUGAGACAUGUUUGUGCAUGUAUUAUAAGUAUAGGUAUAUAAUAUAUUGUGAUAUAUUUCGUCGCAAUUAGAGAAGAUAACCAGAAUGUUUUUGUAGAACCGUAUUUAUUGUUUCAGUCACUAUAUUAUCUGGAAUCGGACUCCGUAACUAGUCAAAUCUUACCAUGAAGAUGUACCACUUUAAAGAAAGGAAGAAAAAAAAAAAACCACAAAAAACAACCCACAAGCCUCUUGGCAGUUUGUGGUGGGUAUAUGGUGCAGAGCUGAGGUGUUCUGCUAGUAACUGUACAUUCUCCAUUGAUUGAAAAGUACAGAUGCAAUAUACCAAAACAUUCUGGUCAUAAUACUACUGAAAACGAGUGUGUUCUGAGGAAGAAAAUAGAUUUUAUAUAUAGUGGGCUGGAGUGAAAUAUAUUUAUACUAUAAAGAGCCUCCCCCUCCCUUCCAAAUAGUUUAAAAAUAUACACCGCUACAAAUUAUUUCAAAGUUAUUUGUCCAUGCAGUAAGUAGGAUAAAUAUAUAUUAUUCCAAUCCAUUAUGCAUUCUAACUUUAUAGUAGGCUCAAUCAUUUGUUUUUGUGGCUCAAGAUGAAUAUAUUUGUGUUAACCCCUUCUGAAAGCUGCCAGGACUCCUGCAAUCGAUGCCAACCUACAAGGCUGACCCGCGCCGAUACGUCACUUGUACGUGUAAUUCUUUCCCUGAAUGAACAGGUAGGUUUCUGUAUACACAACGUACAGUCUCACCUUGUCUGUGCCUGACAAGGUGUAUUAUCUUUAGAAAAACAAGCGUCUGGAAACAUUUAAAGCAAGUAUUGUUUGCAAUUCAUCAGAAACUGUCAGGAAAACUUUCCCUUCUAGAAAGAGAAGGGAGUGGUAAUUCCAGGCCAAGCACAGUGGGAAUUCUCUUUUAUUUGACCCACCAGAGACUGCGACCAAUGCAUGAAGCUGUUAAUUACAAAGUUGCAUUUCUAGCAGUCGAGGGAGAAGACUGGAAGAAAACCCAACCUCGAGAGGCAGUAACAUUUGCUAGUAAUGUAAUUUAAGGGCCCAUACGAGUGGAAAGUAGACUGUCAUACUUGCUUUGGUUUUUUUGUUUGUUUGUUUGACACCAAUUCACAGUCAAUCACCAGAUCAAGUACUAGAGUCCCUUUUCUUGUACGUCAGUAGCUUGAUUGUACAGUCUUACCCACGUAUUCGGACGUUGUGAUAAGGUAGUGUAGUUGGUGUAAGUGGUCUUAUGCAUCAUGCAUGUUCAUUACCAGGUAGUGGUACACAGCCUUUGUAAAGUAACUAAAAUGCUUGGACUGUACCUACCCCAUCUUCGGUUGUUACAACUUCCUCGUCACCAUGGGGAUACUGUCAUGGCUUAGAUGGCAAAUGGUUUUACUGUUUGUUUACCUUUCCUCCAAAAGCAAACUUUAAACGCUUUCCUUCCCCCAAAGAAUGACACAAAGGAAGUGGCUUGCCCUGACAGUAUCCUCAAGCAUGUAAAAAAGAUGUAGACUAAUCUCUCAUUAGAGUAAUUCAGGCUGAUAGAUUUAAGAACUAUUGUGACAGUGUCCCCCAUUCCUUUUCUUUUUUUUAUAAAGUGUUUUUAAAAAAAUCCAAAUAAUAAAAUAAAUGUCUUUGUGAAUAAUUUAUGAAUAGGAAAAAAGCUUUCUAAUUAGAGGGGAAAAAUGACACAUCUAUAACUAUAUAGUUUUAAAUAAGUGCAUCAUGAAAAGAGAAAAAUUAAUGGUGCUGUCUCUGCUGACCUGUUUCAUAUGAUUUUUUUAAAAUCUGUUUCAGCACCUCUGGAAAUUGUUUUAAUAUUUCAGACUAGUUUUUUUGAGCAAUAAGAGUAUAUACCAUUGUGUGCAUUUUUAAAGCACUGCUAUGGAAAGGCACUUUUUUGUAUCUUUCAAAUUGUUCACAAAGUUUUGUUUCUACUAUUUUUGUGCUUAUGAAGUGUCCUUAAAAGCAUUUGCAUUGUUGAUUUCAAGCAUGCUCAGUGUAGCUGGCGUAUAACUUCACAGGAAGCUUGUUAAGCUAUACUGCAGUUCAUGGGUGCUGUAGUUUUCAACACUGGUCCUCCUGCUGCUGUGUACUGUAUAUGCCGCCCCUGGGGCCCGUACCCACCAGUGGGGCAAAAGGGGCACAGGCACAGUCGUAACUCCCCAGCUCUCACUGGUGAUGGGUGGGUAAGCGGACACCUUCUCCUACUUCCUGGCAAGAUGCAUCUGGGCUGAUGCAAUGCGUGCUCUCAGAUGAGAGCAGUCAGGGAAUUCUGCUCGCCCCAUCUGUUUUUCUGCUCCCCCCCACCCCCCCGACAGCUCCACUGGUGUGUGUCAGUUCCAGCCCUUUUCGUUUUAUUCAUUCAGUGCGGGUACCUCUGGGCUUUGAACUCAGCAGAGCAAUGUUUUGAGUGCAAUUUCUUCAGAGGCAUUUGAGCUUGAUUCUCAUUUUCCCGUGACCAAGUUCAUUUACCCGGUAUCUCUCCCUAGAGAACGAAUCCAUGCUUGCUACUGCAGGCUGCCACGCAGCUUGCUGUGAGACAGAAGUUUUACUCUUAAGUUUGCAGCAAAAAGAAUGAGCGUCAGCAAAGGUGGCACCCUGUAUUCCUUCUUGUUACAACUUACGUCCUAAGCCAGUAGUGAUACAGAAAUACAGUGAGUGGCUGCAACUUGCUUCCUCUCAACUGAGCACUAAAAUUUGGCUACAGUGUGGUUCAGACAACCCGGUUGCCUUUUCAGCUUAUGAGACCCCUCAUUGGAACUUGCUUUUCCAAUGUAUUUACUGGUUUGGGGACAGUAAGUAUUUAUGCCUUAUUUGCGAGUAAGUUAUUUCCCCGAGUGUGCUGGUCUCAUAAUUGCACCAUUAUAUUUAUUUAAAUCAGAAAAUAAAGGGCCCAGAUCUCAGACACACGGCAAGAAGGUUCCUGCUACAAACAUGGGCUGUAAUCCUUUUGGUGCUAUUAAAAUGAGCAUGUGAGAGCUGAGCUUUCAUACUCUGGACACAAAGCCAGUAGAUGCUUUGAUCCUAAAAUAGUAAGAGAGUGCAGCUGCAGUUGUGUUACAUGAUGAAGCGUGUGGCCUUUGACACCUGUUAAGGUGGGUGUUGGGGAAAGCCCUGCUGCUGCAGAGGCAGCUGAGCGCGUACAGCUGCAUUCCUUAAUCUGUUCCAGAGUUGGUCAUUUCCUGCCUGCCGUGCAGCAGGAGCAUCCACCUCUGUGAGCAGCAGCGUCCCUCCCGUUCGGCCAGGUUUCUCUGUGCCCGCGGCACAGGUGUAGAAAGCAGGGAGGUAGUCUUCUCCGAUACUUUCAUUGUAAUGCAGGUCGCUGGGAGUUGCUUUGGAAGCAAAAACUAGGCUUUUAUAUCAGCACUAAUCCUACAGGAGAAAUUAUUUUAAAAAACAAAAAAGAUUCUAAGCAAACCAUAGGUAACAUGUUUGAGGUGGAUAUGCUGGAGGUUCUGUUUAGUCUUUCAAACCCUGUGGCUGGGGGAGGAGGUUAGGCACAAGUCUCACAUAAAAUAAUUGUGCUACGUUCUAUGGAAGAGGAAAGCUCCUGCUUCCCCCUGUGCAGUGGUUUCCUCCUGUGGCAAACCACCGCUGCUCGCUCUGACUUGGUGCGUGACCUCAAAGCCAAAGAGCUCCUCUCCGAACUGACUCUGCAGUUUCCUGCAGGGCAACAGUGACUGACACAUCAGGGAAACACAGUGACGGUACCUGCAUCGCUUUGGUUUCAGGUCUGAUGGGAGAGGGAGCAGUUUUUUCAAGUGCAUUUUAAGAUUUACUGUUCUAGACUUGCACAUUUAAAGGUUUUCUAAUUUCUUCUUUCUGUGCCCUUAGGCAACCGGAUAACUCAAAUCAAUCAGCUCAGAGAUAAAGUGUGGCCAGUUUUCCUCUGAGUUAAAAUUAUUUUUUCUGCAGUUAAAGGAACCAAAAGUGCCAUUUCAACAGCAGAAGGGAAAAAAAGAAUUUUUUGCUUAUUACAGAAAAGUGCAUAGAGCUAAGUUGUUUUACUUCAGUGGUACCAUUGCAGGUAAAUUUGUUUCUUAUUCAAAAUAUGAUUAUAAGAGGGGUCUUACUACGAGUAUUACUUCAAAUACAGAGUCACGUUAAAAUCAGUGGCACUCCAGGAAAGCAAUAUAAAUUCCUGACAGAAGGUAGUGGGGGGAUGCAGCCGGAACAUGUGCGUUUGGAAUUUUUUUUUUCCUUUUUUCAUUGUUAAGGUGUAGAUUAUGGACUUGUUCAAAUAGUGCUCCUCAUUUGGAGGAGAGGGAAAUCUUAUUUCUUUGGGGGAGAUGUUUUCCCAAAGCCCAUUCGUGGCUCCUGGUGUUUAGCUUUGCAUUCCCUCGCGCCAUUGGGGCAGACUCCAAACCAGAGAGGAUUUAACACUACAGGGGAUAGUUUCUCUUAGACUUCCUUUUUGUAAUGUGCUGGUGGGUUUUAAGUUUUUAUUUUGGAAUUUUAAAUUUGCUUAAAGUUGAAUAAUUUUCCUUUCUGUGUUCUUUUUCUCCUUCAAUUCAAAAAACGCCCAUGAAGACUGACAAAACCAGCAUUAUGUUGCAGGGGUCAGCACUCACUAAUACUGUGAUCCAGUGAGUCACAGGCUUUGUCUAGUUUUGAAAAGUUUAAGACACUAAACUGCAGAUGGGGUGACAGCACAUGCUUAUCCCUCACAAUGUAAAUUAAUUGCCACUAACAUGGGAAAAAUAGUAAUUUUGGUUAAUGGCUAUUUCAUGCUCUGAGGCACUCAACAGGGCAAGGACGGGGUGAGUUCUCUGUUCAUCAGAAGCGUGUAUCGUGUAUCACUUGUGAGAAGUGCUGGAGAAGCUGGAAGAACAGGAGGAACAGGAACUAGUGUGAUAUGCACAGUCCCCCAGGGCAGGGAUUUAGUAUGGGAAAUGAGUGAGAAGGAACUUGAGUAACAGAUUUUUGGACACCCCACCCACUCCACUCCACUUAUUUAAAUGCUUAAAGGCAACUUGUCUUUUAGGAGACUUAGGAAUUGAACCAACUGUUCCCUACAAUGGAAAAUAGUUUCCUCCCACCUUUCCUAAGAUGCCAAAGAUGCAUUCUGAGCUAAAGUCCAGGUACGCGGAUGUGCUUGCACCAGCCUCUCCUGAGGCUAAGUUGCCAGGAGCUGAAAUGCUGCCGAUCUGCACAGCUGUUUGGCAAGGGAAGAUGUACCUGGUAACCGGGUACGCGUCUGCAAAGGGCAGGUCAGCAAACAAACCUGGGCCCAGGGCUCCCUGCUGUGGAUUUGGUGCAGCACUAUAAAGCUUGUACUUCUAAAAGGAAAAUCAAAUGCUUUGUCACAAGUUGUAAUUGCACAUCUUAGGUCUCCUUCUAGUGGGCUGCAGUGGACCAGAAAUUAACUAACUGGAGCAGCAGUUUGUUUUAUGGCUUACACUAAUUGUUAGCAGCCACUGGUGAUAUUCUGUAUAAUACUGGGGAUGCAAAUGUAAGAAAAAAAAAAAGUGUCAUUGCAAUGAUGAUUUGUCUGUGCAGCAAACUUGUGCUGAGUGCUGUAAAUACAUUCAUGUUUACUGCUUUAAAAAGAAAAUUGCACAUUUUAUCUUUCAAUGGGAUUGCCUCCCCUCUUCUUCCCUUUCCAAAAAGAAAAGAAUCAAAGCUCUUUUAGACUGAUAGCUUCAGGUUGGGGGGAGCUUUGCCAUAUUAUAAAUAUAUAUAAAUAUAUGUAUAAAUAUACUUUUUUAAGCAUGGGAGAGGACAAAAGAAAUACUACAUUAUAGAGUACCCAAUAUAGAUCAUUAUACAAUGGAAUAUGCACAAUUCAAUAAAGAUGUAGUUAAAUUUAAUAAUCAUCUGUUUUAAUCCUCUGUCUUACCAUUUUCCUUUUUCAUGAGUUCGGAACCCACGCUGCGUUCUCACGGCAUCAGUGGUUUGUUUCCCUCUGCAGGGAUCAGAUAUCUGAUGGCCUACAGGUUACCAUUUAUAUGCUCACUCUCAAUAAAAUUGCUUUUUAUUGUUCCUUUGCACAGUUCUUUCCUGUGGGUCAGGCUGUACCCGUAACAUGGUGCACACCAAUUACAGGUGUAAAGAGGACCCACUGUGAAGGCUCACCUUCAUCGGCCUCCUCCCUCAGGCGUGCAGGGUCCUGUACAGCUCUGCUCAACGCAAGAAGAGCUGAUGGCUGGUAAGUGUUCCUGUGGCCCCUCUCCGGGGUCCACUCUAGGGAAUUCAGCUCUGUUCACCUCCUCCUGGGGUGUGCUCGCCGACUGGCCCUGCAUCAGUCAUCAGCUUUUACAGCAGAGAUUUGAGGCGUUACAUUAGUGGUGAUUACAGAGAAAUUAGCAGUUACACAGAAGCGGAGGAAGGAGCUGCUGAAGGCAGCAGGCUGGAUGCCAGUGAUCACAUCUUUGCUCCUGCAUACACAGGAGGCCAUCCCUGUCCUCCUUGGGUUGGUAAGUCUGUAGCCAAAGACAAGGGACGUGACGCGACGCAGCAGUGGCACGCUCACAGAACACACGGUGUGUGCUUUGUUCUUUUUAUUUAGGGCUUGUAACAAGAGGGUUUAGUACACAGCAACAGUUAAUUCCAAGUACAAUUAAAAAAAUUUAAAAAUUGGGGUUUGCACUCACUGGAAGGUGGUUCAAAUGGCACACACAAUAAAACGUUACUGGCGGCAUACAGCUCCCCAGAGUCCU